AAGCCCAGAGCACCCUCGUACCUCAUCCCGAUCCAGAGGGUAACGAUGACAAGUCCAAUCAUUCCGUACAAAAUUCUAGGAAGAUGUCCGAUGAUAAUGGCACGGGUCCAAUAUCGCUUCCACCAUUCACCGCUGUACUUGCGAACAGGAGUAGAUGGGAAAAGCCCGAUAGGGAGUUUCUCGUCGUCGUGAAAGUUGGCUCGGGCUGGGCUUUGCAUUUCGAUGUCAUGAGGGCUCUCCUGAAAUUCGGCAGAGGGGGAAUUAACGAGUGCUGUCAGAAUUAUUACAGGCACCGUGUGCCUAUUCAAGGGCUACGCCUCUGGGCUUCUAUACAAAAACUAAUGAUCCUUGGUAGCUUCUACUUUGCACAAAAUGAGAUCGCUUGGAACAAGGACCAGCAAAUCAAAUUUACCGACCACAUGAGCAACACUGGCAAGAACGAAUCAGCUAUUGCCCUGGAAGGUGCCCUCAAGAACUUCGACCCAACAGCUCGAUCUUUAAAUGUUGAAUGGAGCGGCCUUUGGAAAGAUUAUGGAGUCGAUAUGGAGCCAGUUCCUCUUACUAACGGAACUCGUCCAAACACUGCAUGGCCUUUCGAGAUCUACAGAGAUACGGCAACUACAUUGUGGCUCGCAGGUGAAGGAAACCCUUAUUAUGACCCGAACUCGAUACUAUACAAGAUUGCCAAUGGGUCCACCCCCGCCAUAGCCGUCAUUGGAUGGACGAUAGAUGACUCCUUCAAUACAGAAAUCUCUUUCAAGCAGGCCUCGGACAAUACGGAUAUCUUCAGACAACCACUCUUCGCAUAUCCCUAUGACGAGCAGAGGGCCAACAAAAGUAGUGUCUUUGCCCCAUCAGGUGCCAGAUUGACGGAUCACACCUGUAAGCUGACCUAUAAGUCGUUAUCUGCGAUGCUGACUCUAAUUUUCUACCAAGUGAACUGGAGAUUUGACCUCAAUGUGACAAAGGAUUGUCCUUACAUUACAGAUGCUGUCCUCACACAGUAUUUUGGCAUGACCUUGAACGAUGAUUUCGACAACAGCACCUUAGCCUUUGGAACA